GCGGGCGCGGGCGGGCCCAGGCCGGCGGGGAGGGCGCCCAGCCCGCCGCGAUGCCCGCUCGCCCCGCACUCCCGCUCGGCGUCGCGAUGCCGCUGUCGCUGCUGCUGCUGCUGCUGCUCCUGUGCGCGGGCGGCCGGGCCGCGGACCCCGGCGCGGCGGGGACCCCCGGGGACGACCCGCACGCCAAGCACCUGUACACGGGCGACAUGUUCACGCACGGGAUCCGCAGCGCCGCGCACUUCGUCAUGUUCUUCGCGCCCUGGUGCGGGCACUGCCAGCGGCUGCAGCCCACCUGGAACGAGCUGGGUGACAAGUACAACAGCAAGGAGGACGCGCAGGUGUACGUGGCCAAGGUGGACUGCACGGCCGACUCGGACGUGUGCUCGGCCCAGGACGUGCGCGGCUACCCCACCUUGAAGUUCUUCAGGCCCGGCCAGGAGGCGGUGAAGUACCAGGGUCCCCGGGACUUCCAGGCGCUGGAGAGCUGGAUGCUGAAGACACUCGGCCAGGAGCCCGACGGCGUGGCGGAGGCCGAGGCCGAGGCCGAGGCGCCCGCGGCCCCCGAGCGCAAGCAGGGCCUGUACGAGCUGUCGGCCGGCAACUUCGAGGCACACGUGGCCCACGGUGACCACUUCGUCAAGUUCUUCGCCCCGUGGUGCGGCCACUGCAAGGCUCUCGCGCCCACGUGGGAGCAGCUGGCCCUGGGCCUGGAGCAGUCGGAUGCUGUCAAGAUCGGCAAGGUGGACUGUACCCAGCACCACGAGCUCUGCUCGGGCAACCAGGUCCGCGGCUACCCCACACUCCUCUGGUUCCGGGACGGCAAAAAGACUGACCAGUACAAGGGCAAGCGAGACCUGGAGUCACUGCGCGAGUACGUGGACACGCAGCUCCGAGGCGCCGACCAGGCCACCCCCGGGAGCGAACAGCCCUCGGAGGCCCCCGUGCUGGGUGCCCAACCCGCGGGCAGCCAGAGCACGGUGCUGGCGCUCACCGAGCAGAACUUCGAGGAGACGGUAGCGGAUGGGGUGACCUUCGUCAAGUUCUAUGCCCCAUGGUGCGGUCACUGCAAGAACCUGGCGCCCACGUGGGAGAAGCUGUCCACCCAGGAGUUCCCGGGCAUGACGGGGGUCAAGGUGGCCGAGGUGGACUGCACGGCCCAGCAGGGCCUCUGCAACAAGUACUCGGUGCGUGGCUACCCCACGCUGCUGCUGUUCCGGGCGGGCAGCCAGGUGGCGGAGCACAGCGGAGGCCGCGACCUCGACUCGCUGCACCGCUUUGUCCUGGCCCAGGCCCGCGACGAGCUGUAGGCGGGUCCCCACCCAGAGGUGGUAACGGGGCCCCCUGCCUGU